AUGCCUGAACCCGAUAAAACAACCCCUGUAAACCCCGAGAUUAUACCAGAACAGCCAACACGAGAAAUUAGUCAAAUAGACCACAUAAAUAAGAAAUUGUUGACUUCGCUGUUCAAGAGGAUGGACGAAGGCGGUGACUCAACUUUAUCGAAAAUGCUUGAGGAUGAUAAUAAGACGGAAGAUCACGAGUGGGAAGACUAA